AUGUUCUCAAAGGUGGUGGUUUUGGUCGCGUUGGUGGGUGCGGUGUACGCCGAGCACGCGUUCUCCUCCCAACACAUCCACAAGUACGACGGUCACCAUGAACCCGUGCAUCACGGACACCAUCAUGAUUACUACACCCACCCUAAAUUCGACUUCGAGUACAAAGUGAGCGACCCUCACACCGGCGACCACAAGAGUCAGCACGAGUCCCGCGACGGUGACGUCGUCAAGGGAUAUUACUCGCUGCACCAACCUGAUGGUUCUAUCAGACAUGUCGACUAUCAUGGUGAUCAUCAUUCUGGGUUCCACGCUGAUGUGAAAUAUAGUACUCAUCAUAUUGUACCUCAUCACCAUCACUACUAAGAUUGAUUGUGAU